AUGGCAAACCUCCUACGUCGGCUCUUCUCGACCACUCAGCCAGAAGUCUCCAGCGCCACAGCCAAAAGAAUGAACUUCAAUUCCGCAGAUCUGCCCAAAAUUUUCCUCCCGCCAGUCAAUCGGUCCAUGCAAACCCUGGACAAAUCAUUCUUUCACAAAGUCGUGCCUUUAGCUGCUGCUACCAUCUCAGAUGUCAAACAGAUCACCAAUAUCAGAAAGGAACUCGACAAUUCCCGAGACUUGCUGAGGGUAAGUCCGAUCAAACCUCUGCGAGAAGAUGGGUCGGCGCCGGGGGCAAAAUGCCUUCUACUUAGGCCUGAGAUUGACGCAAAAGAGCCCACAACAUGGUCAGCGACCGUCGAGAGACUAGUGAAAGACAACCUUGCCAGCCUUCGGGACUACGAGCUAACACUCACUUACGACGACUGGACUAUGCAUAAUAUUCUCGAAGCAAUUCUACCUGAGAUCCCUGAGGAGGACAAAGAAACUCCAGCAGGUUUUGCCCAGGUAGGUCAUGUUGCUCAUGUCAACCUGCGCGAAGCAUAUCUGCCCUACAAGUAUAUAAUCGGGCAAAUCUUGGUCGACAAAAAUCCCAACAUUACCACCGUUAUCAACAAAAUAUUCGACGUCGGCACCGAAUCCGUCUUUCGUACAUUUCCGUAUGAAGUCAUAGCUGGUCCAGAUGACCUAGAUGUUACAGUCCACGAAUCAGGCUGCGAGUUCAAAUUCAACUUCGGCAAAGUCUACUGGAACUCACGUCUGGGCACCGAACAUGCUCGGGUUUUUGAACUGUUCAGGGAAGGCGAGGCCGUCUGCGAUGUCAUGGCUGGUGUAGGGCCUUUUGCCGUGCCGGCUGGUAAGCGCAAAGUCUUCGUUAGAGCCAACGACCUGAACCCGGACUCGUACCGAAGUCUUCGGGAUGCCAUCAGGUCUAACAAAGUCGGUGACUUUGUUUCGGCCUCUUGUCAGGAUGGCAGGGAAUUCAUUCGCACCGCAACUAGAGAAUUACGCGAUAACCCACGAGAAGCUCGACUGCCUUCGAAGUUGAAGAUAUCGCGGAAACUGACCAAAGAAGAUAUGCAAGCGCUACGCAAAGCUGCUGAUGCAGCAGCACAAGUCCUGAAAGAACCAAAUGUGUUCUCCCAUUAUGUCAUGAAUCUGCCGGCCAGCGCUAUCGAAUUCCUCGAUGCCUUCCACGGCCUUUACUACGGCCGCGAAGCCGAAUUCAAACCACAUACCUCGAAAGCUUUGCCGUUGAUUCACCUGUACUUGUUCCAAGCUAAGCUCGUCACGGAAAAAGAAGAAUUCCAAGAGAUCUGCGAAAGAAUAUCGGAAAACAUCGGUGCUGAAGUCAAGCUUGACGACCCGGAGCUGGAUAUGCAAAUCCGAUUUGUCCGACUUGUCGCGCCGAAGAAGAAGAUGUUUUGCGCUAGCUUUCGGAUACCGGCGAGCGUUGCAUUUGCAGAGCCUUGA